AUGUCAUCACCUGCUGUUUCUUUACCUCCUUCAUCUAUCGCUGGGAAUAAUGCUGCUGGUUCAAAUUUAUUCAGUGAUUUAACAAAUAAUGAUCAUGAUGCAAAUAGAGAUCCAAAUGAACAAAAUUUAGAAGAUCCAAAUCCUCAAGUUGAUAGAAUUAGAAGAAGAAAUUUAGGUAACAUUGCAAAAGUUAUUGACUUAACAGGUGAAAAAGUUCGUGAAGCUUUUGAACAAUUUUUAGAAGAUUUUACAAUUGAAAUUUCAAAUGAAAAUGCAACACAAGAUGAAUUAGAAAUUAAUGAAAGAUUUAAAGGGAAAAUUUAUUUAGCUCAAUUAGAUUUAAUGAAAGCAAAUGAUUCAAGUACCAUUUAUAUUGAUUAUAAUCAUUUAGUUACUCGUGAAAAUGGUGUUUUAGCUGCAGCUAUUAAAGAUCAAUACUAUAGAUUUUUACCUUUUUUACAAAAAGGUCUUAGAAAAAUCAUCAAAAGAUAUACACCAAGAUUAUUAGAAAUUGCAUCAAAUGGGAUCAUAUCAAAUGAUUCUGCCAAUGAUUUAGAUCCACAAGCUUCAAGUAUUAAUCAAAAUGAACGUAUAAUUCAAAUAAGUUUUUAUAAUUUACCAGAAUUAUUAAAGAUCAGAGAAUUAAGAGGUGAACAAAUUGGUGCAUUAAGUUCCAUAUCAGGUACUGUGACAAGAACUUCAGAAGUUAGACCUGAGUUAUUUAAAGGUUCAUUCAUUUGUGAUAAUUGUAGAGCUAUAGUGGAAGGUGUUGAUCAAAUUUUCAAAUAUACAGAACCAACACAUUGUCCAAAUGCAGAAUGUGGGAACCAAGCUUAUUGGUCAUUAGAUAUUUCUAAAUCACAAUUUGUUGAUUGGCAAAGAGUUAGAGUUCAAGAAAAUUCAAAUGAAAUUCCUACAGGUUCAAUGCCUAGAACUUUAGAUAUUAUCUUGAGAGGUGAAUUAGUUGAAAGAGCAAAACCUGGUGAUAAAUGUAAAUUUGUUGGUACUGAAAUUGUUGUUCCUGAUUUAUCACAAUUAGGUAUUCCUGGUGUUAAACCUUCAUCUAUAAGAGAUUCAAAUACAAAUACAAGAAAUGAUGGUUUAAAUUCAGGUGUUUCAGGUUUAAAAGAAUUAGGUGUUCGUGAUUUAACUUAUAAAACUGCAUUUUUAGCAUGUCAUGUAUCUUCAAUGAUUACAGGUGAAGAUAUUGAUAGAAUUUUCAAUAAAUUUGAUAAUGAUGAUGAAAAUGAUGAAUUUAAAAAUGAUAAUGAUCAAGCUAAAUUUUUAGGAAGUUUAACAAAACAAGAAAUUGAUGAAUUAAAAGAAAUGGUUAAAGAUGAACAUAUUUAUUCAAAAUUAGUUUCUUCAAUUGCACCAGCUGUUUAUGGUCAUGAUAUUGUUAAAAAAGGUGUCCUGUUACAAAUGCUUGGUGGUGUUCAUAAAAAAACAGUUGAUGGUAUUAAUUUAAGAGGUGAUAUUAAUAUUUGUAUCGUUGGAGAUCCAUCAACUUCAAAAUCACAAUUCUUAAAAUAUGUUACAAGUUUUGCACCAAGAUCUAUUUAUACUUCAGGUAAGGCAUCAUCAGCUGCAGGUUUAACAGCUGCUGUUGUUAGAGAUGAAGAAAGUGGUGAAUUUACAAUUGAAGCUGGUGCUUUAAUGCUUGCCGAUAAUGGGAUUUGUUGUAUUGAUGAAUUUGAUAAAAUGAAUUUAAACGAUCAAGUUGCAAUUCAUGAAGCUAUGGAACAACAAACUAUUUCAAUUGCUAAAGCUGGUAUUCAUGCUACUUUAAAUGCAAGAACUUCAAUUUUAGCUGCUGCAAAUCCAAUUGGUGGUAGAUAUAAUAGAAAAUUUGGCCUUAGAGCAAAUUUAAAUAUGACUGCACCAAUUAUGUCAAGAUUUGAUUUAUUUUUCGUUAUCUUGGAUGAUUCAAAUGAACGUACAGAUACUUUAUUAGCAAGUCAUAUUGUUGAUUUACAUAUGAAAAGAGAUGAUGCAAUUGAUCCACCAUUUUCUGCUUCACAGGUUUUACGUUAUAUUAAAUAUGCAAGAACUUUUAAACCUAAAAUGACAAAAGAAGCAAGAGAUUUCCUUGUUGAAAGAUAUAAAGAAUUAAGAUCUGAUGAUGCCCAAGGGUUUGGUAGAUCAUCUUAUAGAAUUACUGUUCGUCAAUUAGAAUCUUUAAUUAGAUUAUCAGAAUCUAUUGCAAGAGCAAAUUGUGUUGAUGAAAUUACACCAACUUUUGUUGCUGAAGCUUAUGAAUUAUUAAGACAAUCAAUUAUUAGAGUGGAACAUGAUGAUGUUGAAGUUCCUGAAGAUGAAGAUGAUGAAGAUGCUCAAAGACCACCGGAACAACAAGAUCAAGCUGAAAAUUUACAACAAGAUCAAGAUGCUGAAGGUGAUCAAGAUAUGAAUGAUGGAAAUGAUCGAGAUGAUGGUGCUUCAAAGAAGAAAAAGAAAUUAGUCAUAUCAUAUGAAAAAUUCACCAAGAUUGUUCAUAUUAUUGUUCCGAAAAUUGCAGAAGUUGAUCGUAAUAAUGAAGAAGCAAUGACACUUGAUGCAAUUGCAGAUUAUUAUUUACAUCAAAUUGAGUCAGAAUUAGAUACAGAAUCUAAAUAUUGGAAUGAAAGAGAAAUUGUUUUCAAAGUUGUUAAAAGAUUAGUCAAAGAAAGAACUUUAAUGAAGAUCAGAGAUGAAUUAGACUCUGAAACUUUAGAAGAAAGACAAGAAACUGAAAGUGAACGUGAAAUAAGAUUAAGUGAAGCUAGAAAACAAUUAAAAAUGCGUUAUGUCUUACAUCCAAACACUGCAAUUAUGGAAAAUUUUGCACCAGAAGCUGAACAAGAAGAAAAUUAA